AUGGGCUGCAAACAAACCAAGGUUAUACCUUUCAAGCAGACAUCUGCCGAGGAGGCUCUGACGGGCAAGAUCAACUGUCCUCAUGAGCUGUACUACGCCAAGUUCCAGCGGAGGAGUGGCCUUCUCUGUCCCCGCCGUGGAGGGGUUGUUCCCCGUGGCAAAGCUCCCCGACGUCUGGAGCAAAUCCCAGUGCGAUGCUUCUACACAGCUGAGAGAAGGAGACAGAAGGCCGAUCUAUUUCGACUGGACAGGUUGGUGGAGCAAGUCCAGAGGAAACAACUGGACAGGGAAAUAAAACACAAAGCUGUCAAGGACGAGAAGAAACGUCGCCAGUUCCUGAAGAAAAUGAGGGCGGAACAUCAGCUCCAGAUGAGGGAGGAGAAACUGAAGAAGGUGGAGGAAGAGCGGGCGGCGAAGAGGAAGAAGCCAGUCACAAAGUAGAUCAGCCAGCUUGAUAAACAGAGCGAGAGAUGUUUGGAUGUAGAGAACAGCUAGUGGUUGAUGACAAUAUGUCAAGAACAUUAACUAAAAACGAACAAACGAUAAAGGGAACAAAAUAUAUGCAGCAGGAAAAGCGAUACAUGAAGCCAGAAGAAGAAAUAGAUGUCAAUACACUUCAUAGCUUGCAGUGUUGAUAUUUUGAAAAUAUUUUAGUUUUUGCCUAAUUGUGUAUAUCUAUAUACUGAGCGUAGG